CAACGAUUGUUGUCGGUUCCUGAAAACCAAAGUCUAUAAAACAGAGACACUCAGGCAGUGUGUAAGAUUGUGUGUGCAGAAGAAUCAGUAAUGAUGAAAUAUUUAUAUCUUUUCUCUGUUGUGUCUUAUGUCGCUGCAGGCUGUAAUCUUUCUAGUGCUAAAAAAGAGCCAGUAGAAAUCACAAGACACAGAGGUGGGUCAGUUCUGUUACCCUGCUCCUGCUCUGACCUGCACACCAAACCUCAGAUAUUCACCUGGAUGACCUACAGAACAGGAAGUCUGACUGACAUGUUAAAUGAUGAGCACUACCGUGGCAGACUUCAGCUGUUUAAUAACACUUCUCCUGGUAAUCUGUCUCUGCUCAUAUCUGACCUGAGAGAUGAGGAUGCAGUAGACUACAGGUGCAGCACUGAGAAGGAAUACAGAGACUUCAGGAUUUAUGUUAAAGGCUGUGAUCUCUCUAAUAAAACUAAACAUCAAUACAUUGGACUCCCUGGUGGUUCAGUUCUGUUACCCUGCUCCUGCUCUGACCUGCACACCAAACCUCACACAUUCACCUGGAUGUCCUACAGAACAGGAGGUCUGAAGGACAUGUUAAAUGAUGAACACUACCGUGGCAGACUUCAGCUGUUUAAUAACACUUCUCCUGGUAAUCUGUCACUGCUCAUAUCUGACCUGAGAGAAGAGGAUGAUGUAGACUACAGGUGCAAAACUGAGAAGAGACACAAAGACAUGCGUAUUAAUGUUAAAGGAAGAAGUGACAGAGGACCUCCAACAGAACAGCCUCAGAUCACAACAACACUGGAACAAGACAAACAACCACCACACAGCAGCCUCCCUCUGGUUUUCGGAAUUGUGGCUGCUUUUCUGUUGGUGAUAGUUGGUGUAAUGGCAUUUAUUUGUUGGAGACGCAAAGGACGAAGAUGUGGAAAGAACGGAAUAACUGAAGGAUGUCCAAAGCAGAAGGAUCAGACUGUGCCUGAUGUUACUUACUCUACUGUAAGCCACAUUCACACAGCCGGAGCAGCUCGGGUCCAGAUCAAUGUGGGAGAGAAAACUGAAUACGCCAGCAUUGUAACAAAUUAAUCUGUAAUAAAUAUAUAAUAUAAUGCUGAAAUCAUACAGUAGAUUAAAUACAUACGAUGGUAAGCACUGGAUUCACAAUAUCCAUCCAUCCAUCCAUCCAUUUUCUACCGCUUAUCCGGGGCCGGGACGGGGGGCAGCAGUCAUCUUGGUUUAUUUCCUGUGAUUAUUUUAUAACUAUAAAUAGCAGAUUGUAAACAUGUGGAUAAUCUUACAAAUGAUGAUUUUAGUGUUUGAGUUAUUUUAUAUCUUUUGUGUAACAAUCUGCAAAAAAAAAAAAAAGUUUGUAACUCUGUUUUGUGUAAGACAUGGUGUCCUCUUCCAUAAAAACUAGAAAUUAUAGGGGUCUGUGACUUACUUGGUCUUUGUUUGUGUCUGUGUGAACGUGUAUAUUUCUGUGCAUGUGUGUGUAGAUACAUGCAUAAAUAUGUCUGUGUGUAUAAGGUACUACUAGGACAAUUCCCUUUAAGACCACUAGAGGGGGUGCUGGCAGGUUGAUUGUUACUCCUUGUUGAAGCGUCAUGUGAUCAUGUAAUGUGUUAUGUUACCUGAUCUUAAUUUUUCCUAAUGUGUUGCCUUAUUUAUGACCUCGUAUAAAGUCGUGUUUGCCAUUGUUUUCAUUGUCUUUGUUUUCAGUCCUGUUUCUAAGUAUUUGUGUAUUGUUUUGUUUAUGUUGUCAUUUUAUAGCUAAAUAAAACAAGAAAGGUUUUUAAUCCUG